AUGUGGCCGAGCGCUGGCACUAAAUGGCCCGGAUGCUGGCACGGGGUCCUCUCGGGUCCUACUACUGAGGAGAGCGGCUUGCCCCCAUCUUGGGAGGUGCGUCACAGCAACUCCAAGAAUCUCCCGUACUACUUCAACUCCGUCGACAAGAUAUCGCGAUGGGAGCCGCCCCAGGGAACCGACACAGAGAAGUUGAAGAAGUACAUGGCAACCCAUCACUCAGCCUCACAAGGUCCCAACACGGCUCGUCCUGAAGGCAAGAUCCGUGCUGCUCACUUGCUCGUCAAGCACCGAGAUAGUCGACGGCCUGCAAGCUGGCGCGAGGCCGAGAUCACACGCACCAAGGAAGAGGCCAUGGCUAUUAUCAAGGCCCACGAGCAGAAGAUCAAGUCCGGUGCUACCACGCUAGGAGACUUGGCAACGUCUGAGAGUGACUGUAGUUCCGCCCGUAAAAGGGGUGAUCUUGGGUACUUCGGCAAGGGCGAUAUGCAGCAGGAGUUUGAAGAGGCCGCUUUUGCCCUCCGGCCUGGACAGAUGAGCAGUGUAGUUGAGACAGCCAGCGGGUUGCAUUUGAUUGAACGUCUUGAAUGAGACCAGUUUCACCAAGUUUGAAAAAAGAGAAGAAAAAUUGAAGAGAAUAUAGGCCCUGAGACGGGGCGACAGUAGAUAACUAUCCAUUGUCAUACACGAAUGGGUGCACACAUCAUACUCUGUAUAACUUUAUUGAGACGGCUCAGAGAUCACGUCAAGGGAUGUGUUUUAGACUUUUUUGUCUUAAAAGAUCUUGGAGAAAGGGUUUGCACCCUGAAAAAUAUCUACAAUUACACUAUUCAUCU